CAAAUGUCAUUCCUUAAGUCAAUCGGGCUGGGUUGUUGAUUAUUGUAUAAAUUUUCCACUAAAUAUCCAGUUUGCAUUUUCCCAACUUUUUUAAAGACAAACCAAAAUGUUAGCCCUUAUGAAUAGAUUAUUGGAUUGGUUCAGAAGUCUCUUCUGGAAGGAGGAAAUGGAAUUAACUCUUGUCGGCUUACAAUAUUCAGGAAAAACCACCUUUGUGAAUGUUAUUGCUUCCGGUCAAUUCAGUGAAGAUAUGAUUCCUACUGUGGGUUUCAAUAUGAGGAAAAUCACUAAAGGAAAUGUGACAAUCAAAGUUUGGGAUAUUGGUGGUCAACCUCGAUUCAGAUCAAUGUGGGAAAGAUACUGCAGAGGAGUCAAUGCUAUCGUGUACAUGGUCGAUGCAGCUGAUCCUGAUAAGAUUGAAGCAUCAAGAAAUGAACUUCAUAGUUUAUUGGAUAAGCCCCAAUUAGCUGGAAUUCCUGUGUUAGUCUUAGGUAAUAAAAGGGACAAACCAAAUGCUUUAGAUGAGAAUGGCCUUAUUGAAAGAAUGAAUUUGUCUGCCAUACAAGAUCGUGAAAUUUGCUGCUACUCUAUCUCUUGUAAGGAAAAGGAUAACAUAGAUAUCACUCUUCAAUGGCUCAUCGCACAUUCCAAAUCUGGUAUGCACUAGGAUGAGUGAAGAACAAUUUGAAAAUCAAUAUGUAUCUUAGUAAUCAUGUUUUAUCUUGCUAUUUUUUCAAAAGGUUCAAACUUUUCUUCCAUUAUGAACUGAUAAGAUAUUUUAAAUUGUUCUUCAUUUGAUAGGAUUGUAGGGUAUGAAGGAAAGUUAUUAACCUUAACUCUUAUUUACCAGAUUGACUGAUAAAAAUUAACAACCAAACCCUAAUGUCUGGGUUAAUGAUGAUUAAUUCUAAUUUAAGGACUUAAAAUCUUGAAUAUGUUGAAUGUGAGAAUUUGGUGACUCAUUGCAGUAUAGUAAUUCAUUUAUUGAUUAUGUCAACUUAUGCCCAGUAUUUGAUUUCCUUAGCUAUCAGGUUUGCAGAUGUGAGAUUUUUAUUUUCACAAUUAAUCAAAUUUCAACCAUUUACUGAAAAUUUUUAUUUUAUAUGCUGCUACUUAAUUUGAGCAUAUAUUAUAGGGCUGUUCACCAAAUCUUUCCAUCAAUCAUUUUGAGUAUGUUGAAAAAAUGUGAUUACUUUGAUAUUAUCUGCUAAAUUUCUAUUUUAUAUUUCAAAGUGAGAGUGGACCAUUUACUUAUCAGUUUUCAAGUGUGAGCAAUAGUACUUGGAGUGAUACUUUUAUUUGGUUAUUUUUUUAGCUUUACAAAGAAGACACAGCAACAGCAUUUUAGAUUUUGUUUCAAAAAUUGUUGUGCCCUUGAGAGAGUGGUGAAAUUUCAGAUUUCAUUCGGCUGAUUAUAAAAUACACAUAAUAACAACCCCAAAAGCUUUUUUAUACUUUACAUUUAGGUCUUGCCAUUCUAUCUAAUAGAAAUUUCAAUUUGAGUGAUGGUAGUAAGUGCGAAUCAUUCAAAUUGUCCUGAAACAGAAUACUCAUUUUGGAAUUAGAGAGGAUCCAGACAUAAAGUUGUACCUAUGGCCAUAUUUUCCAGCUGGCCAAAUUCAACAACAAGGUAUUCAAUGCAUGUCAACCCAUGACUGAAAAUUGUGAUCUUUACGAUUAACAUAAAUUCGAAACAGUUUUGAAAUAAAAAUAGAAAUCAAUUAAAUCUUCAUAGAUGUAAUCACCUGCUAAAAUAUAAUUGAUAGUUAUUGGAUAAGUUGUAUAUUGUAGAUUAAGGUCAAGAGAUUACAAAUUGGAUACUAUUUAUUUGUGUUACUGAUUUUGUUAUUAUUUGAUAGUCUUUAUCUUCGGGCGUGUGGCCAAAAAAAUUAUAUCACACAACUAUCACUUUUAUGAUUUGGUUUGCAGGAUAUGCUUUUGUGACUUUCAAACAGCAUUUCUUGAUAAAUAUCAAUUUAAUUCCGACUUCUUUCUAGAAAACCCAACAUAAGCAUGUUCACUGUAACUUAUAAUGGUGCAAAUAGAUCUGAACUGCUGUGGAUAAAAUUAUUUUAAUUGAAAAGCACUUUUUCUUCAAAAUCAACAGAUUUGUGAUGGUCUAAAUUAUGUAAUAACUAUUGAACAAUUUCAAUAUACUUUGUAAGGUUAAUUUUUAGAUCUGAAAAAAUAAAGAGAUAAGAAUAUUA